AUGCUCAGCACUUCCUUCCCGAGUCCCGCGCACCUGCCGCUCUCCGACAGCGAGAGGGCCGCCCACCCAUACUCCUUCGUCUCCGAAGUCGACGCCCUUCCCCCGCGCGUGCGCUGCUACCACUCUGGCGAAGUCAAUGCCCGCGGCAUCCACGUCCUCGCCUUCUGCAGCACGAUCACCACACCGGAGAUGCAGCCGAUCGCGCGCCAGGUGCGCAGGCUGAACUUCGACUUCGAGGACCUGCGACCCGCACGCGCCGGGCUCGACAUGGUCGCGGACGCCCUCGCGGCCAUGUCCAACCUCGAGCAGCUCACCCUAUUCGGCCUGCCCACGCGCGACUCCGACGGCUGGAUCCUUCGCAGGGCCACGUUCAGGCUGCGCUCGUUCUGCACCAACCUCUCCUGA